GCGGUAUCCUACGAGACCUGCGAACGCCGUGUCCGCCAUGUUUUUCUGAACACUACUUUUCUCUCCUCCCGGUUCAAUGUGGUGUUUUUUUUUCCGGUGUCGUUGCGAUUGUACUAACCGAGUCGCGAUGUCCUCACGACGAGUUCGGUGAUGUGAACCGGCCGAAGCGACGACGACACAAUCUCAAGAUUUUGCAGUUGUGAAUCGCCCUCGAGAGGACAAUGUUACGGCCCUGAGAAGGCGUUUUUGAAUGCUGUGAACCUUGCCACGUCGCCAGUUCCGAGAUGCGGAGGUAGCAAGAGCUGCGGGAGGGAGCCUUCCAGCCUUGUCGUCUCGAGUAGACGAGGGUCCCAGGAGUGUGUUGGAGUCACCCCGUUGUUCGUCUCAUCACCUCACACCCGUGCCCCCACCGUCCGAUCGCGCCAUGUAGGAGUGCCUCUCGUCACGUGACUCGAAGCCGACUUCGCCGUGCCGCGUCGCGUGCAGGGUGGUGCCGCGUUUCUGCGUGUCUGUGUCCGUGACGGAAGUGCCCAGUUCGUGCCCAGAACCGGGGGCAACAUGGGAGCCGAGGUGGCGCCGUCGUCGUGACCAAGUUUUUCGACGUGUCGUGCGCUUUCGUCGCGUGCCCGCGAGGCGUCGUCGUCGCUAGCCCUCUUGCUCGUCUGCUUCUGUCGGGAGACAGUCGUCUGCUAAGCUGGGGCAGGGUUUGAACGCCGCAAUUCCUGAAGGCCUGCCAUGGUCUCGGAUGGAAACACCCACUAAUGGCGAACAACAACAUCCCGGCCCACGACUUUGCACCCUCCUGGCUCAAGAUUCCUAGCUAUGACACUGCGAAGAACCCUCAGCAUUCGGACAGCCUUCAUGGUAAUCAAAGAGAGGAGCACCGUUCAUCAUUCCAUCGUCGUGUGGGAGGUGCCACCAGGCCCGUCUUCCGGGAAAGAGACGGUCCCCCUCCCGUGCUCCAUCCAGGAGGGGACAGGGGCGUGGCGCACGCCCCCUCGGGGGAGGAGGACCUCAGGCUUGGUCCCCCGGCGCUCCUGGGGCCCCCGCAGGGGACGGCGACCGCCCCCGACAAGGGCCUGGUGUCGCGGAGGCCGCACAGUCGACACGACUUCAGGGAUCUCCCGCAGCCCGCCUACCACAAGCUGAGUCCAGCGUCCAACAGCAGCAACCACAGUGCCUACCCAGUGGGCCACGUUUCGGGAGGCGGACUGGGCCCCGGUGGCAGCAAGAAGGACCUCGCGGGCAAUAACUUCAACCAGGAAUUUCCAACACUCCUGGGAGCUGAUCAAGCUCCCCCUCAGCCACCGGUCGUCACCAGCGUCUGGGAGAACCCCCGCAACUCAAAGGUGCACGGCACGGUCCUCAAGAAGGUGCACUUGGUCCAGAGGCCCCUGCGGAACGACUCGGCGACUCUGGAGGCGCGCUCCAAGAGCCCCUCUUCUGGGGUUUCGAGCGUGGUGUCUGCCGGCACGCUGAGCCCCAAGCUGGCGCGUCAUCCUGUCGUAGCCGUCGCCCCCACCAGCAAGGCGAUGCCUCCUUCCGCCCAGAGCUCCCUUUACCGGGCGCUCGGACCACCAGCCAAGAAAAUCCAGCACGUGGUGCAGCAACAGCAGCAACCGGCGGGGGGCAUGCACACGAUGGAGGUUCUGGUCAAGCACCCAAAGGCCAAGGGCAACAAGGGGGACUUCCUCAAGGCCCUGCGCUGCGGAGAGGACCCCAAGGAAGGCGCCAAGGGGGCAGGGGACUCCCCCCUCCUCCUCAAUGACGUGUGCCCCGGCAAUGGCCAGUGCCACCCGCAGGAAGAGGAGGAGGAGCGGAGUAGGGCGGAGCUGGAGGCUGCAUCCGGAGUCCGGCGUCUUUCUCUGGGGGACCCUGCGGCUGCGGAGCGUGCUCCCCUUUCUAGUUCUCUGGAGGCCGAGCAGAGGUUGCUGCGCGAGAUGGGCUGGAAGGAGGAGGCUUCGGACGACGACGCGUAUGCUCCGCUGACGGAAGACGAGCUGAGAGAGUUCCAGUACCUCACCAAAAUGCGUCAGGAGAAGCAGCGCAACGGCGUGCAGCGCACGGUGGCGGUGACCGCCGCCUCGGACAAGACGGGAGGACUCCUAUGGAGCCCGCGGCGCGUGGCGAGCGCAGCGCAACCGUUUGCGACGCCGCCGGUCGUCAACCUGCCGCAGGCGGACAACGGCUGGAGCUCAUCUUCUGACACCGACUCGGAUGGAAACUGAGAGCCGCCUCGCCCCGCUUCCUCCCCCUCCCCUCCUCGCGACGUCGCGGACGACGGAAGAAAGCGCCGCACCCGUCGUCGCGCGCUUCGUUUGGCGAAAAACUAAACUCGCGCCUAUCGUUGGUUUGUCGUUUUUCUCGUUUCCAGAGUCCGCGUCUUUCGUUUUUUUUUUUUUUUUUUUUCGAGCGGUCAAUCGUUGCGGUUGUUGCAUGUGCCAAAAGAAAAUAACGUGCAGAGGAAGCGAGCAAAAGCGUUUUCGGAGUUCGUCUAUGCCGUGUUUCAAUUUUGGGCGCGCCGUUUCGUACGAAGCUCGUUUCUGUGGGCGCCUCGGGCGAGACACAAUUGGGCAGGUCGCAUCGUGGUCGGUGCCUCGGGAGAGAUGCGAUUGGGCAGGUCGGACCGCGAUCGGCGCGGCGGUGUCGACUAGACUUUACCACUGAGAUUUGUUUUUCGCCCGGUUGAUUGCUCUCGUCGUGUUUUGUUCUGAAACACACACACCUAGCGUGAGGUCUGGAUACGCGCUUUUGUAAAUAGGGAGUGAGGGCGCAGCACAAUUUCUCGGCACGCACGUGCAACGAACAGCGGGCUGGAGGGAGGCGGAGAGAAUGGGAGAGAGGAAAAAAAAAUGGCUACACGGAUUUUUUUUUUUUUUCGUUUCCUUUGUACAGCGACUUUUUACGUUCUUGUAAAUGACAUCCUUCCAAAGCGAAAUCUUGACUUCGAGAGUGCUCUUGUUGACGAAAAAGAGAGAAAAUAAAAAUGGCGAGAAUUUU